GAUGGAAUUCAAGAAGAAUUUGGAGUAAACCAUGUUGGCCAUUUUCUUUUCACUAAAUUAUUAUUGCCAAAAAUUAAAGCUUCACAACCAGCACGCAUAGUAAAUGUUAGCAGUCAUGCUAAUUUUAGAGUUACUCGUGAGAGUGGAUUUGAAUUCGAGAAAUUAAAUGACCCAAAUGCACUGGACGCAAUGUCACGUUAUGCUCAUUCAAAACUUGCAAAUAUUUUAUUUACUAAUGAAUUGAAUAAACGAUAUCUUGAAGGAGAACAAGUAUAUGCUAAUUCUAUUCAUCCAGGAACUGUGGAUACAAAUAUGUUAAGAAAUAAUUACUUACCUGUGGAAGAAAGUAUUUUGGCUUCAAAAAUCUCACCUGAGGAUGGUGCUAUUACUACUUUAUAUUGUGCUACAAGUCCAGAAAUCGAUGUAAAGAAUUAUCGUGGAAAGUAUUUUGAACCAUUUGGUGAUGAAUGCGAACUAUCUUCACUUGCUGAGGAUGGUGAUUUGGCUAAAAGACUUUGGGAAUUUACUGAGAAUUUG